AUCCAGCGCGGGUAAACUAACCGACGACGAACUGCCAUUUUCUUGCAGUCCGCAUAAAUCGCGCCCCUUUCCCCACGCAGAACCGCCCUCCGACUAAGCACUCUUACCAACCAGGUCGAUGAUGCCGCGAGGGGCACUCUCGGCGUGCAAGAUCCCCGCCGUUGACGCAUUUCCACAAACACUUACCACUCCCUCCCGGUUUCCCAGCCCCAGACUGUCAACCGCCGGCCGCCGGCACGCCGUCGUAUCGUCCUCUUCUCCGGCGAAUUACUGUCCGGUCCAAGCUGUCAUCGCCCAGGAGCCCAUGAAGAGCCAGCAGGUUGGGUUCCGGCCGCCCAGCCUUGCCGCCGACGAGCUACGGCUUGGGAGUUUGUCGGAGGAUGGGUUCUCCUAUAAGGAAAAUUUCAUUGUUCGGUGCUACGAGGUCGGAAUUAACAGAACUGCCACUGUUGAAACUCUUGCCAAUCUAUUGCAGGAGGUGGCUUGCAACCAUGCUCAGAGUGUUGGGUUUUCGACAGACGGGUUUUCAACCACACAUAACAUGAGAAAACUUCGUCUGAUAUGGGUCACUGCACGCAUGCACAUUGAGAUUUAUAAAUACCCUGCUUGGAGCGAUGUUGUUGAGAUAGAGACUUGGUGCCAGAGUGAGGGGAGAGUACGGGCAAGACGCGAUUGGAUUCUUAAAGAUUAUGCAAAUGGUGAAGUCAUUGGAAGGGCUACCAGCAGGUGGGUGAUGAUGAACCAAGACACAAGACGGCUUCAGAAAAUCUCUGAUGAUUUGCACGAUGAGUAUCUAGUUUACUGUCCUAUAACACCUAGGCUAGCUUUCCCUGAGGCAAACAAUGGAAGCAUGAAGCGAAUAGCCAAGCUGGAGGAUCCUGCCGAGAUUUCCCGACUAGGACUGGUGCCAAGAAGAGGUGAUUUGGAUAUGAACCAACAUGUAAAUAAUGUCACCUACAUCGGAUGGGUUCUUGAGAGUAUGCCCCAAGAAACCAUUGACACACAUGAGCUACAAAGCAUUACAUUAGAUUAUAGACGCGAAUGCCAACACGAUGACGUGGUUGAUUCCCUCACAAGCGUUGAAUUGGCCAACGAAACCAUUUCCAUAGAAGUGAGCGGACCAAAAGGACCCCCUACUAAUAUGAGCACUCAAAACGAGCGCUUCCUACACUUACUGAGAUUAUCUGGCAGUGAACUAGAAAUAAACAGAGCCCGAACAGAGUGGAGAAGGAAGCCUGCCCAAUACUAGUGAGCUUUUAUAGUUUUGAAAGGAUUAUGAAACUGUUAUAUAAACCUGAAUCUCUUAUUUAUACUCCGUAUAUAAUACACAAAUCUAUUUUCUUAGAUGGAUACAAUUAGAAGAAAGUCUUUGGCCAAAUUCUUAAACAAAAUAAUAACCAAAACCAUUUCAGAAAUAUGAAGUGCAUUGUUACAUGAAACAGAGUACUAAAACUAAACAUAUUACAUGUAAAAGAUGAAGAUUAACACUAAAGAAAUUUGAAAUCUAGGG